UCACGUUCUUCCAAACAGACAUCAUUUUUAAAUGUAAUGAACAAAGCAUGGUUGGUUACAAUUCAUGGAUUCUUAAAUUAAAAGUUUCAUCUUCCUCUUCACUUUGAGCAAAAAUGGCAGCAAUGAUUACUAUUGACUUUCAAAACUGUACAAUCUUACUUCUCCUUUGCAUCUUCUCACUUCUGUGCUAUUCUCUCUUCUUCAAGAAACCAAAGAACUCACGAGGCUAUGAUAAUUUGCCUCCAAGCCCUCCUUCUCUUCCGAUCAUCGGUCAUCUUCACCUUCUCCUCUCUACUCUAACCCACAAGUCUUUUCAGAAAAUCUCCUCCAAGUAUGGACCUCUCCUCCAUCUCCGUGUCUUUAACGUUCGUCUCAUUCUAGUCUCCUCGGCCUCAGUGGCCGACGAGAUCUUCAGGUUGCAUGAUGUGAACGUCUCCUCUCGUAAUGUUUCUACGAUCGAUGAGUCCCUCGUGUUUGGAUCUUCCGGUUUUAUUACGGCUCCUUAUGGGGAUUACUGGAAGUUUAUGAAGAAGCUAGUUGCCACAAAGCUUCUUCGACCGCAAGCAAUUGAGCAGUCACGAGGCGUCCGUGCAGAGGAGCUAGAGCGGUUGUAUGCAAACCUGCUCAAUAAAGCAAAGAAGAACGAGAGCAUCGAUAUUGGUAAGGAAGCGAUGAAGCUCACUAACAACACCAUUUGCAGAAUGAGCAUGGGGAGGAGUUGUUCAGAGAAUAACGGUGAGGCAGAGAGACUCAGGGAAUUGGUUACUAAGUCGUUUGCCUUAACAAAGAAGAUUUUCUUUGCAAACUUGUUGCAUAGCGUGCUUGGAAUCUCAGUGUUUAAAACGGAGAUAAUGGGAGUUUCGCGCGAAUUUGAUGAGUUGCUGGAGGGCAUUCUUGUGAAGCAUGAAGAGAAACCGGAGGAGAAUCAAGGUAAGGACAUGAUGGAUUUGUUAUUGGAAGCUUACCGAGACGAAAAGGCAGAGUAUAAUAUCACUAGGAACCAUAUCAAGUCUUUCCUUCUGGAGAUAUUCCUUGCAGGCACCGACACCUCGACGCAAACAACACAGUGGACCAUGGCAGAGAUCGUUAGCAACCCUAGCAUUCUCGCCAAAUUGAGAGAAGAAAUCGACUCUGUUGUAGGAAAAACAAGAAUGAUUCAAGAAUCGGAUCUACCAAACCUCCCUUAUUUGCAAGUGGUUGUUAAGGAAGGCUUAAGAAUGCAUCCUCCGUCGCCCUUCUUGCUUAGAACGUUCCGAGAAAGUUGUGAGAUCAAAGGGUUUUACGUGCCAGAGAAUACAGUACUUUUUGUUAAUGCAUAUGCUUUGAUGAGAGAUCCUAAUUCUUGGAAAGAUCCUGAUGAGUUUAAGCCAGAGAGGUUUCUAGCUUCUUCAGGACGAGGAGAAGAAAACGAGGUAAGAGAGCAAGUGAUGAAGUACCUUCCUUUUGGAGCCGGAAGGAGAGGUUGUCCUGGAACAAGUCUAGGUUAUAUUUUUCUAGGAACUAUGAUUGGAAUGAUGGUACAAUGUUUUGACUGGAAAAUCGAAGGAGGGAAAGUUCACAUGGAAGAAGCAGUCGCGGGAAUGAAUUUGGCAAUGGCUCAUCCGCCUAAGUGCACUCCCGUUUCUCGAUUCGACCCUUUUACUAUUAAUUUGCAUAAGUCAUAGUUCGUGACUUGUGUAUUAAAGACCAACUAUAUUCUUUGUCUUUAUAAUGUUUGUUGUAUUUGUAACUUGUAACUUAAUCAAUUAUCCAGAUGUAUUACAAAAAAAAGUGCACUAUAUGGCAUGGCACGGUUUCACGUCG